UAUUUCCAGAGGUUUUUAGUUAUUAUACGUUGUUAGUUUGAUUAUAUAAACCAGGAAUUUGAUAAGAUUUCUAAAAUCAUCUGGGUUUUGUAUUUGAAGAAAGAAAGAAAGAAAAUAAGAUAUGGUUAUGGAUAAUGGUUAUCUUGAUUAUGAUCAGUUUAAUGUAGCUGCAAGAAGAUAUGAUGAGCAGGAUAUGAUUAUGGGUAAUGCUUAUCUCGGUUAUGAUCAGUUUAAUGAAUCUGAAAGGAUUAGAUUAAUGAACAAUCUUAAUCAUCAUCAACAACAACAGCAACAGGAUGGAGGACAAUCAGUUGAUAUCUCAGGAGAAUCAAGACCACUUGGUUUAAAACUAAGAACAACUCCAUCAUUUGUAGACCUUAUUGAAUCAAAGCUAUCUCAAAGGAAUGAUAAAUCUAUGUACCAAACAUAUCAUGAUACCACCACGACUACUCAUAAUGAAAGAUCACCAAAAGCUAGAGCCAACAAUUUUGCUAUCCGGCCGAUGUCUUCCGAGAAAUGGAAAGCUUCAAAUUUUUGUGCAUCACUGCUUAGAAUUGGCUCUUGGGAGAGAAUAGCUAAGCAUGAAGGAGAUUUAGUGGCUAAAUGUUAUUACGCCAAGCGUAAACUAGUAUGGGAGAUUUUGGAUCGUGGGCUGAAAAGUAAAAUUGAAGUUCAAUGGAGCGAUAUAUCAGCCAUUAGAGCCGUUUUCCAAGAAAACCAACCAGGGAUUCUUGAACUAGAGUUGGAAAAUCCUCCUGUGUACGGCAAAGAAACGAGUCCGCAACCAAGAAAACAUACCCUAUGGCAACAGUCGGCGGAUUUUACAGGAGGACAAGCACCAAGUUACAGGAGACAUUAUCUUCAGUUUCCUGAAGGAACACUUGAAAAACACUACCAAAAGAUUCUUCAGUGUGAUAGUCGAUUGUUACUGUUGAGCCAGAGACCUUUUCCUUCUUCCAACUCUGCUUUCUUCCACUCAAGUAAUGAGUAUCAUCAAGAUUUUUAUCUAAAUUUUAAUGGACAUCAACCAUCACCCCAGUUGCAAUAUCCUCAGUUCAGCAUUCAAAGACCUAUGUUACAUCCUUCUUGUGAAGAUUAUAAGUUCAAUCCUGCAAGCAGGCCUCCAAUUGCUCCUAGAAUUCAGAUGUCGCACUCACAGAUUCCACAAGGUACAAAUGUGCCACUUACACAAAGUUUGGGCAACCAAGGAAUCCAACAACAUGCUACUUCCUUUAUGAAUCAAAGGACAACAAAUGAAGAUUUCUUUUAUAGGCCAGAGGAAGAAUAUCGAGUUCAAGAGCCAGCCUAUAUCGCUCAUAUGAACCAAGUUCAUGCUUAUCUUCCUCAGUAUGACUCAUUCCUAGAAAAUUCACAAAGGAAUGAAACGACAUUUAAUUCGAAUGCGCCAUGCGAACUGAGCAACAUUGUGAAGGAUUUGCUUGAUGAGCAAGAUGCAACUAUUGUACACUCUAGUGAUCAACAAGCUUUUUUAUUGGAAAGAGUAAGGUCUAUAAAUUGCCUCCUUGGGCUACCGGACAACACUGGUUUCGAUGUCUCGUACGAGGAGAAUAAUUACAGUUCCAUGGAGCCAACUUAUACUCAGCAAUCACACUAUGAUAUGGAUUUAACUAGCACCCCUGGUCAUCCUAAUGGAGUUAUGUUUAUGGUUCAGUCGUUCCCAUCUACUGAACCAUCAAUGGAACAAAUAGAAUAUCCUACUAAGGGACCCCAGAGCUACUGGAGAAAUUGUUAAUUAUUGAAUUUCCUGACAGGAAUCUCUAACAAAACCUAGAAAUCAAUUUUAGGUCUUUGUUAUCCAAGUGUAAAUAUUCCUUUUUGAAUGAAGCAGUUUUCCUCAAUCAAUUUUCAUGCAUU